CGCUCCCCGCUCCCACAGCUCUGUGUCGCCUCCCGCGCCACCUACCCCAGCUUUGAGGGGCUCCGGCUCACCCACGAGCGGCUAAAUCCCUCGGCUGGGUUGGAAGACAGCGCGCAGAGACUCCAAACAAAGCGUAACCACGACAACAGCCAAUCCCAAGGAAGAUGGACCGGUCUUUUCUUACCGGUGCCCCAGUAGGACAAACUGUCUCCGCUCGAAAUUGCAACGAAAGCUGCAUCUCAGGAGUUGGACGAGGAACUUCACAUUUUUUCCAGAAACACCAAUAUCUGGAGGGAAAAAGAAUGUUAAGAAAAAACAAAAUAUUAAUUUUUAAAUACUUUCUUAAUCUCAUUAAUGGAGCUUUCUUGGUUCUUGGACUUUUAUUAUUGGGAUUUGGUGCAUGGCUUUUAUUAGACAGAAAUAUUUUUUUCACAGCUUUGGAUGAAAAUAAUCACCUGAUAGUAUAUAUUUUUCAAAUUUUGACUGGAACUGGAUCUGCUAUUGUUCUUCUUUGUCUUUUGGGUUAUUUGGGAAUUCACAAUGAAAUCAGAUGGCUCCUAAUCCUGUAUGCAGCACUGUUAAUGUGGGCCUUUGGUGUUCAAGUUGUACUUUCAGGAUUCAUCUUCACAAAGAAAAAAGAGAUUCACCAAGUAUGGCAUGAUAAAGUUGACUUAAUCAUUGCUGAGUAUGGAUCUAAAGAUAUGCCUGAAGAUAUACCCAAGUGGACUUUUCUGAAUGCUUUACAGAAAACAUUGCAGUGUUGUGGCCAGUACAAUUACACAGACUGGAUAAAGAAUAAAAAUAAAGAAAAUUCAGAACAGGUGCCAUGUUCUUGCACAAAUUCUACAUUAAGAAAGUGGUUUUGUGAUGAGCCACUGAAUGCAACUUACCUAGAGGGUUGUGAAAAUAAAAUAAACACAUGGUAUAACGCUAAUGCUUUAACAUUAACUGGAAUUAACUUCGGACUUUUGGCUUCAGAGGUUUUGCAAAUCACAUUAACUGUUUCUUUCUUCAGACACAUCAAGAAUAAAGUAUAUGCAAAAAUGUGAUCUCUGGACUUUAAUUUACCCAGAAGAAACCAGCUAAUUCUCAAAAUAACCACAUUGUGUUCUUUUACUCCAAAAAUAAAAAAAAAAUUGAAUUACAUUAAUUAAGUUUAGAACUUAUUCAAGUCAUUGGUUAUAUGUAACAUAGAAUUAUGGAAUAUUAUAAGAAAUCACUCCAUGAAAUUCUCAUUUUGUUUUUCAAAAUAUCAAAUUCUGCAGUUCAGAACUUUACCUUGAGUUAUUUUCUGAAUUCAAGGAUGUCAUUAUAUACACUGAAUUCAAAAUGUGAAGUAUCACUAUAUGUUUUGAGUUUCCUAUAUAGAAAAGAUACAUAUAUGAUGCUUAGAAAAUACUAAUUAAGUAAAAAAUUAUAAUAUCUACCUUGCAUUUGCAAUUUUAAGAAAACGAUACUGAUUUGUGGGAGAUUUAAAAAAAAGAUUGAAAAUCUUCAUGUCACUGACCUCUGUACUGAAUUAACCAUUUAUUUCUGUCUUCUGAUUAAUGCUUGCAAGUGGAUAAUAAAAUUUUAGAGAUUUGGGUAUACUUUAGUGGCAGUAAUAAAAUAUUAAAAUCACAAUUUUUAACUGUAGCAUAAAUGUCCUAAAUGAUCACUGAAUUCCCAAUACUCAACUUGCUACUCAUUUUCUUCUUUUUCCUUAAAUUUUGUUCAGGCUUACAUGCACAAUUCUCUGAAGGGUAUAAAAAUAGCCUACCUGUUCUAUUUUCCUAAAAGUGAUAUUGUGAAAACAGGGAAAAAAUCCUUUGACAAAUAAAAAGUGCUAUACAAAUGAAAGGCA